AUGGGACAGCUAACUGGGACUCUUCCAGUUUUCCUUUUACUGGGCUUGUUCGGUAUCUCUGAAAAACUUUCUCAUUCUGCUAGUGGCCUUCAACUGCGGCUCCAUUCUUCUGCUCUGUGGCACGACCGAGGGUAUCCUCCUGUGGGUUCGGAUGCGGAGGAGGCAUUGAGCUCGAGUGCGUGGGUCGACCUGUCGUCUGGGGAAAAUGAGGACGCGGAUAAACAGCAAAGAGGUGGGGCUGCAGGAACUUCAGGAGGAAAUGCUCUCGGUGCCGCCCCAGCAUCGCCCGCCUCCACUGACGCGCAGGCAGUCAACCCAUCCAGCCCUGCGGAGCCAGGUGAAUCACCGGUUAAUGCCACGAAUGAUGCAGGAGAUGAAUCCGCAGACCUAUCCUCUGACAUCCCGACUCUUCCGGAGAAUAGUGACGCUGGAGACGAGUCACUGGGUGACCAAAAAGACAACCCAAGCACUGACGAUAAUGACACUGUGGCCGUAACUCAAGCCUCGGAUGCCAAUGCAGAACAAGUAGACACAGAUCCUUCUGAUGCAGCCCAGCCUUCGCCUGCGGAGGCUGGUGCUUCUUCAGCAGCCCCGACAGCCUCGUCAGAGACAGGUGAAUCAGUGGCCGAUGGUGGCACGUUAACAGAUGCGGAGGAGUCUGUGUCACCUGCGGGCGAUGACUUAGCGCCCACAGCGACAGGCGCUGCAGCUGCAGACACAUCAUUGAGUGAAUCUGCCGUCACUUCAGAUGCAAACAGUUUGCAGGAAAGCGAGGAGGUGAGUGGAUCAGGACAACCAGAGGGCACACCGCUGAACGUCAACCCUGGCGACCCAACGAGCGACAUCGGGAAUGGAAACAGCAUUGGCGAUGGCGUCUCAGAAAUGGGUUCGGCAACGAGCUCUGAUGGACCACAAGAAUUUCAAGAGAUGGAAUCGCCAGAUGCAGCGCAGGAUCAGGCAGCCGACACUUCACCAAGCGGGACAGAAGCUGCGGGCGUGCCGUUUGAGACGUCAGGACCCGAGGCUCAGCCAUCGGGGGGCGCAUCGUCAACGCAAGGAGCACCGUUAGCCUUAUUGAAGCACGAGGAGGACGUCCCGGUAGUACCUUCCGCGUCUGCAGGCAGCCCUCGAUUUCGCCAGUGGACGAGCCAGUUCCUGGGCACAGGGAAGGAGCAGUUCCAGCUGAUGCAGAGAACGAACGUCGCGGAGGCAGCGGGAAAAGGGGCUAAGAAUCUACGCGCGUCCAUGGAAAUACUGCAUAACACAACGUCUUUCUUCAGCGCGUUGCGCGCUCAACAGCAUGCCAGAAAGGCGGCCAGCCCCCAACAACAGGAUUCUGGUUCACCGAUCCCGAAUCAGUUACACGAGUCAGGUGCAGUGCCUCUCUCGGAGCCUGCUUCCCCCCGUCAACAAGAAGGCGCGGUAGAAGAUACGGAACCAGAGGCUGGUGUAUCUGCGUCCACUGAAACACCGGAUAGCUCGGAAGAAGCAGGACUAGAGAAUGUAUAA